CAGGGACGGGCGCCAGGAACCUCUCCUGCUGGACUGCCUCUUCCUCCUAGCUGCCCUUCUGUAGGAGUGGCCCGGCCCGAGGGCUGGGCAGGGCUGUGCCCUGGCCCCUGCCUCACGCCGAGGCUUUCCAGCCCCUCCCUGCUCUGCUCUUUCUGGCUCCCCACCUGGGCCUCUCUCUUCUGCUGCGACUGCUGUGGGUGGUCAGCUGGUGGACCCGCUGGUGCGUGGUAGUGCAGUCGGCCUGCGGAGCUGCCCGGAGGACCAGCCGCGGCAGGCGUGGCCUCUCUUCCUGGUGCCUGCUGUUUCCUGGCACGUUGCUGCUGCGAGGGCCAAAGUCCACACGGCCACGUGUAGAAGAGAAUGGUCUUGCUGCACGUCCACGGGGACAUCAGCAGGCUAACAUGAAGACUGGGCACCCACGGUGACAUUCGUGCCCCUGGCGGACAGCUGCUGUCCAUCCCGGCUAGGCAGGGUCUCCCCUGCGUUCCACAGGAUGGUCCCCGUCCCUCCCAGUUUCCCAGUGAGCACGCACCCUGAGGGUGUGGUGGCACUGUCCCGCGUGGCCCCGCGGCUGCCCUGAUGGAUGGGUGUGCGUGCACCCUGCCUGGGCUGCACUCCGGCUCUCCCUGCACGUGCCUGCACCCUUGCUGGAGCGCUCUGCCGCCGCCCGGCCCACGCCUUCCCACCUGCCUCAGCGCGUCCUGGGGGUCAGGCCCAGGUCUCGGUGAAGCCGUCCAGGCUGGAGCUCUUGUUUCUGACUCUGGUCCUUCCGCGUGUGGGCCAUCAGCUCCUGUUGCUUCUGGACCCAGCCGAGAGUGGAGGCCUUCCGGCCGGCACAGCCCAAGGUGCGACUGCGGAGACGCUGCGGGAUUGCCGGCCUAGGUUCCCCUGGCCCGGGCAGGCCGUCCUGGGGUCAGCCGGUCGGAGCACGCCGAGACAGAAACAGUCUCCGCCAGUCAAGAAGCUCUCAAAAGCACUUUGCCAUGGACCUAGAAGAUGAAGAGAACAUGAGUUCCAGCAGCACUGACAUCAAGGAGAACCGUAGUCUGGACAUCGUGUCCCCCAAGGACGGCAGUGCCCCUGGGCCUGGUGAGGGCCUGCAGUUCCCUGGUGGGGGCAGCAGUGGUACUGGCCGGAAGCGGCCCCUGGAGGAGGGCAGCAAUGGCCACUCCAGGUACCGCCUGAAGAAGCGGAGGAAAGCGCCAGGGCCCGUGCUGCCCAAGAAUGCACUGAUGCAGCUGAACGAGAUCAAGCCCGGCCUGCAGUACACGCUGCUCUCCCAGACGGGGCCCGUGCACGCCCCGCUCUUCGUCAUGUCUGUGGAGGUUAACGGGCAGGUCUUCGAGGGCUCUGGCCCCACAAAGAAGAAGGCAAAGCUGCAUGCGGCAGAGAAGGCCCUGAGGUCCUUCGUCCAGUUUCCCAAUGCCUCCGAGGCCCACCUGGCUAUGGGUAGGACCCUGUCCGUGCACACAGACUUCACAUCUGACCAGGCCGACUUCCCUGACACGCUCUUCAAUGGCUUCGAGACCCCAGACCGGGUGGAGUCCUUCUGCAUGGGCUCCAACGGAGACGAGUCCCUCAGCUCCAGCGGGGACCUCAGCCUGUCGGCCUCACCUGUGCCCGCCAGCCUUGCCCAGCCCCCCCUGCCGGGCCCACCACCCUUCCCGCCGCCCAGCGGGAAGAACCCUGUGAUGAUCCUCAACGAGCUGCGUCCAGGGCUGAAGUAUGACUUCCUCUCCGAGAGCGGGGAGAGCCAUGCCAAGAGCUUCGUCAUGUCCGUGGUGGUGGACGGCCAGUUCUUCGAGGGGUCGGGCAGGAACAAGAAGCUGGCCAAGGCUCGGGCGGCACAAUCGGCCCUGGCCACCAUCUUCAACCUGCACCUGGACCAGACGCCGUCACGCCAGCCCGUGCCCAGCGAGGGGCUGCAGCUGCACCUGCCACAGGUGCUGGCAGAUGCCGUCUCGCGCCUGGUCCUGGGUAAGUUCAGUGACCUGACGGACAACUUCUCCUCACCUCACGCACGCAGAAAAGUGCUGGCUGGAGUCGUCAUGACCACAGCCCUCUCCUGCCCUCCAGGCACAGACGUGAAGGACGCCAAGGUGAUCAGUGUGUCCACGGGGACCAAGUGCAUCAAUGGGGAGUACAUGAGCGACCGCGGCUUGGCGCUGAACGAUUGCCACGCGGAGAUCAUCGCCCGCCGCUCCCUGCUCAGGUUCCUCUACGCGCAGCUGGAGCUCUACCUGAAUAGCAAAGAGGACCAGAAGAGCUCCAUCUUCCAGAAGUCGGAGCGAGGAGGGUUCCGGCUGAAGGACACCGUGCAGUUCCACCUGUACAUCAGCACCUCUCCCUGCGGAGACGCCCGGAUAUUCUCGCCCCACGAGCCGGUGCUCGAAGGUGUGAGGCUGGACCAGCAGUCAGCAGAGCCCUCAGAUCGACAUCCAAACCGCAAAGCCAGGGGACAGCUGCGGACAAAAAUUGAGUCUGGCGAGGGGACGAUCCCAGUGCGGUCGAACGCCAGCAUCCAGACGUGGGAUGGGGUGCUGCAGGGGGAGAGGCUGCUGACCAUGUCCUGCAGCGACAAGAUAGCACGCUGGAACGUGGUGGGCACCCAGGGCUCCCUGCUCAGCAUCUUCGUGGAGCCCGUCUACUUCUCCAGCAUCAUCCUGGGCAGCCUGUACCACGGCGACCACCUCUCCAGGGCCAUGUACCAGCGCAUCUCCAACAUCGAGGACCUGCCGCCCCUCUACACCCUCAACAAGCCCCUGCUCAGCGGCAUUAGCAACGCAGAGGCGCGGCAGCCGGGCAAGGCGCCCAACUUCAGCGUCAACUGGACGGUCGGUGACGGCGCCCUGGAGGUCAUCAACGCCACCACGGGGAAGGACGAGCUGGGCCGCCCCUCGCGCCUGUGUGCCCCCCCACUUGCUGCGGACCAAGAUCAUCAAGCCCACCACCUACCACGAGUCCAAGCUGGCGGCUAAGGAGUACCAGGCCGCCAAGGCCCGUCUCUUCACCGCCUUCAUCAAGGCUGGGCUGGGCGCCUGGGUGGAGAAGCCCACGGAGCAGGACCAGUUCUCCCUCACGCCCUGACCCGUGGGCCCAGCUCAGGGUGCAGGGCUGUCGGCCCCACACUAUCCCGAACCUCCCGUCUGGACUGGGGCAGGCUCACAGCCCGGUAGGGCCCAGGGACACUGUGUCCUGCACCAUCCCCGAACCUCCCGUCUGGACUCGGGCAGGCACACAGCCUGGUGAGGCAUGGGCCAGGGACCACUGGCGUCACGCACCCGACCAGGGCAGGUGUGGGGCUGUGGGGUGCCGGGCAUCUCACAUCUGCACUGGGACAGGUGCCACUCAUGUCCCCUCCUGAGUCAUCCAGUGACUGCUUCCAAUUCCAGUUUACGUUAGAGAUCGAGUUCUACUGAGUAGGGCUUCCUGAGUGUAGGAACGUAGACACGGCUGCGUGUGAGAUCCUUGAAUAAAUAAUUUAUUCAGAGCUAGGAAUGUGGUUUAUAAAACAAGAAGUAAAUAUGUCAGGUCA